CUCCUGCGCCGGGGUUAAAAAGCGGCGGGCGGCGCGCCGGGGCGACAGUGUGUGGGGUGCGUUUGAUCCGGAGACAACAGAAAAAAAGUUACAGUCGCGGAAUUUUCCUUUCCUGACGAACCCGACCCCGCAGCAGCAGCAGCAUCAGCAUCAGCAUCAGCAUCAGCGAGAGCAUCAUGGCAAACAAGGCACAGCAGCCUCCUCACCUGCACCUGGCCGAGGUCACCGCGUCCCAGUUCAUCGACAUCUGGAAACACUUCGACGCCGACGGUAAUGGCUACAUCGAGGGGAAGGAGCUGGAGAACUUCUUCAGGGAGCUGGAGAUGGCCCGGAGAGGAGCCGGGGUGGACCCUACAAACCCCACAUUCAGGGAAAAGAUGAAGGAGUUCAUGCAGAAGUUCGACAAGAACAAAGACGGACGGAUCGAGAUGUCAGAGCUGGCCCAGAUUCUCCCAACGGAAGAGAACUUCUUGCUGUGCUUCAGACAGUUUGUCAGCUCCAGUGCCGAGUUCAUGGCGGCAUGGCGGAGAUAUGAUACAGAUCGCAGUGGCUACAUUGAAGCAAAUGAAUUGAAGGGCUUUCUGUCAGACCUGCUGGAGAAGGCCAACAGACACUAUGAUGACCAGAAGCUGCAGGAGUACACACAGACCAUACUCAGGAUGUUUGAUCUGAAUGGAGAUGGGAAGCUGGGCCUGUCAGAGAUGGCCAGGCUUCUUCCCGUUCAAGAGAAUUUCUUACUCAACUUCCAGGGUGUCAAGUUGAACUCUGAGCAGUUCAAUGCCAUCUUCACAUUCUAUGACAAGGACGGGAACGGCUACAUUGACGAGCAGGAGUUGGAUGCGCUGCUACGAGACCUUUUCCAGAAAAACAAGAAGGAGGUGGACGUGAAGAGCCUGACGGGCUACAAGCAGAGCAUCAUGAGCCUCUCCGACGGAGGGAAGCUCUACCGUGGCGAGCUGGAGAUCGUCCUCUGCAAGGAGCCCAUUGUGUGACUCUCUUCGCUCCUCUCUCGUUGCAUAAUCAUCGUUUUAUCCUGCUCUCCUGAGACCCCCCCACCCCCCCAUCCCCUUACUUCCAGCUGCCUGGCAGUGUAUACCAGGUGCAUGUGCCGGACACUCCCACUUCUCCCCAUCAUCCUCCCCAACCCGCCCUAAAGUUACAUCUUCAGAGUGAAUGAUAAGUGCACUGGCAGCACGCAACAGCAUUUCUCUUUCUCUUCGAACCCCUAAUUUCUGCAGCCUGACCCUCUCCACCCUGACCAUGACCUCUAUGAAACCUCUAGCUUUAUGCCUUCUCAACUCUUCCCCCCGUGUCCUUUACGGUUUCUGACCUCAUCCCCGUCUCUGCCGCCCAUGCUGUGCCUGACUUGCAACUCCUCCUGACCAAAAGCCCAGAACCCCAUCAUUCCACAGAAAUGACCUUUUGAAAGGACCGGUUGACAGCCCCUGCAUCGACCCCAUCCAUUCCCUCGCUCUGUCAACUUUGCAUUAGAUACGAUAUAUGUAGUCUUACAAAACUGCAAACAGCUCUAUUGGAAUUUAUCAAAAUUUACAGUCUGUGAUGGAACGGAUAUUGAUUUUCACACUUCUAUUCGUCCGGAAGCCCUCUUCUUCCAUCUAAACUCUUCUGUACCAUUGCCAUGAUAUUCAUUUUGAUUUUUCAAUGUUUGUUUUUGGCUGAUACUGUCAAUCAAAAAAUAUGAAUAAAAAUGUCUUCGGAUAAAAUGUGUUUUGAAA